AUGAACAGGGAAACGGGUGAACUAAGGAACAUAGGCACCAUGAUAGUUCAUAAAUUAGAGUACUUAGCGCAGAAUGUGUAUGAUAUGUUACUGAAAUUGGUCAGCAAAAGCGAAAAAAUCAAAAAUAAUUUUCUUAAUUACCUAAUACUUGUUGUCAAUAGCAACAGAAAUCGUGCAAAAAUGGUUUAUGAUUACAAAGAUGUUAUUUCAGAUGGAUUCUCUAUCAAUCUCAACAAUGUUCUGGCCAUAUUCUGCGAGCAGAUUGUACGAAAGCAGCUUUUCAACCUGAUUGACAUAAGAUUCAUGAGUGUAUUCGAUUUGAAAAGUAUCAGAGAGUCUGAGGACAGGAAGGAAGAUGCCGAUCAGAAUGGUACUGACGAUCAGACACAUAAAGACGCAGCAAGUAGCAGGAAAGUAUUUAAGAUGCGUAACUUGAGUUUCUCGACCGUGGUGUUUUUCGCCAAGCUUAUGUUUUCUAAUUACUCGUACAUCAAGUUUUUGGAACACAUCAAACUGCUCGACAACGAAAUCUACUCGUUGGAGCUGCUACAAUCGGAGCGAGAAAGCCAUGCUCGAAUAGAGUAUCUGAGAAAAGAACUUGAAUCAAAAUGCUUCGCGCUCAGAAUCAUUUUUUCGAGCGAGUUCUUCAAACAGCAGGAGGAGCCCAUAACAUCCUUUUUGGUAGAGUUCACAGAACACAUCGAUUUCUGCGAUCUUCCUCAUCAAUACUUUGAGGUGGUGUUUCAGAUACAAACACUCCUCAUUCGCGAGCACCAGGAGUUUCUUUCCAACCGAUUGCUUGGCCUGAUCGAGAAGAUUAUGUGUAGCAAAAUACGAAAUUUGCAUUUUAAGGAAAGCGUCAUCAAAAUUUUGGAGCUGAAAACAAGCAGCUUGUCGGAGAAGCUCUUUCAGUCCCUUAUCCUUUUUUACUCCGACCUGCAUCAUUUUGAUGAGUUUUUUUACGACAAGUUCAGCAUACGAUACUACAUUCACAAUAUUUUGAUGAACGAUCUGAACGGACACAUCAAGAGCCUUGCGCCAACGACGGAGAACCUGCGGUUUGUCAAUUUUGUCAUUGACGACACGGAGAGUCAGCUGUCGUCUGCUCUUAACUCGAUCAUUGAAAUAAAAAGGUGCGAGGAAAAGCUUAAAUAUACCAAGGAUCGCGAGGAAAGAAAGUCAUUAAAGAGCAAUAUGCUUCGCGCAAAGAAGAAGGCAACAAGCUCAUUUAUUUUUGUUGACUCGUCUCUCAAGAUGGUAAGUUUCCUGGUAGAGGAGUGCGAUAUUCUGACCCGGCACGAGGUUCUCAAGAAAUUUGUAACCAUUCUGAACUGCAAUCUAAAAAUGAUUGUUGGUCCCAAGUGUAACGAUCUGCACAUCAAGAAUCCGGAUGACUACAAUUUCAAGCCCAAAGAGCUCCUAAGAAAAAUUGUGAUUGUGUAUCUGAAGAUGGCAGAUGAUGUGUAUCUGGACGCUAUUGUGCAGGACCAUUCAUAUUUCAACUUGUCGCUGUUUAAGAGGGCCUACUUCAUCUGCGAGACCAAGUUUAUACUGGAUCAGAAUGAUCUUCUCCUGUUUAAAAGACUGGUGAGCAGGCUGGAGACAAUACAGAGCGAAAUUGUUGAGGACGAUGAAAUUGUACCAGAUGAGUUUAUCGAUCCUAUCACAUGCGAUCCCAUUACAGACCCUGUGAUACUCCUGACCAGUAAUGUUACGGUUGAUAGGUCUACGUUCGAUGCGAUAAUGCUAGGAGACCAGGUAGAUCCAUUUAACAGGGAGGCGCUGGACGAGACGAAAAUAAAGGACAACGAAGAAAUGAAGAAAAAACUUGAGGAGUAUUGGGAGAACAAAAAGAAUAAAAAGUAG